GUUAAAGUGAGUGUAUCUGUUCCGGGUUGGGAAUGGGCAUGUCAGAAAUUACCUGUGGAAUGCUGCAGGAAUGUCUGCCGAAGUGGACAGCCGUGCCUCGGAGUCCCCUCGUCAGUGCAAUGACGUGUCGUCGUCAUCUAGAGCCUCUGGGCCGCAGGAUCAGGAUGACCGCUACAACAUGUCUGGAGUAAGGAAGGCCUUCAUCCUCUGCGUCACAGAGGAGAGACCAGGGGCCACAACAGAUCUGAUUAAUCUUCAGAAAUCUUUGCAAAGUUUGGGUUUCGAGGUGUCUGAGUGUAUCAACCCGACUGGCAAGGAAAUCUUCUCCUCCCUGGAGAAGUACCGAGACAGCAUUAAGGAUGAAGUCUGCUGCUCCUUCGUGUUCAUUCUGGCGCACGGGUCCGAGGGCAAGGUUAGGGGUUCUGACGGUGAAGAGGCUGACCUUGAGGAGAUCUUCGACAUGUUCAACAACGAGGAGUGUCUUCAUCUGCAGCAGAAACCCAAGGUGUUCGUCAUCCAAGCCUGCCGAGGAGUUAAGCGAGACCUUGAAUGUGACCUGGCCGGCUUCCGCGCUUUGUCUGAGAAACUCCCGAUGGUUUCGGACACCUUUGUCGUGUAUCCCUCACGACCAGGUUACGUGGCCUAUCGGAACACAGACCAGGGAUCAUACAUGAUCACAUUCAUGACAGAGGUCUUCAAAAGCCACGGGAACCAGGAGCAUCUGUGAACCGACGGAUGGUGACUGAACAAUACAAAGCAUACAAGACCACUCUGGUGAUGGAAUCGACCCUGACCAAAUCCGUCUACCUCAAACCCACCUGAUGCUGAAGAUUGACACUGAGUUGACUCCACUCUGUGUCAGAACAGCUCUGGAUUGUAAUCACAUGCAGCUUCACUCAGUCACACAGAUUCAAUGUCAGUUCCAAUUGAUUUUCUCUCCCUCCCUCCUUGCCCCCACUCUCACAAACUCACACAAUCUCUCUCACACAAACACACUCUGUCUGACACAGUUAUAGAGCACCACAGCACUGAAACAGGUCCUUCAGCCCAUCUAGUCCAUGCCAGUUUGUUCUGCCUAGUCCCAUCUAUGAUAACAUUGAAAUGACGCUGAAAACUGUUAUUUUAAGAUGCUCCUCUGCCCCCUCCCAACACUCAUGAUGGGAUUUUGGGUCUUCGGCACAGAGACUGCUAUUCAAUCGUACACAUGUACACAGCGUUCCUCUGGGACCAAGGAACAAAAUGCAGUCCCUCGACACAUCCAGCACAUAAAAUAGUUUUAACAUUAUACCCCGUUAAACCUCGACCGUUCCACUGAACACACUUCCUCAGGCUCACUUCCGCUCACUCCUGUUUCGCUCUGAGAGCUCGGGCCCCUGUCGAUUUGGGUGGACGUCCUGCAUCGAGUAAUAAUGAAGACUGGCAAUAAAUCGGAAUAUUUUAAUCUGAUGCAGAACUUUCUGACCAUUUAUUCACUUCUGGGGUCUUGACGUCUCAAAAGUUUCCCCACUCAGCUGCCUCCUCACCCUGGAACCACUGUGGGGAAGGGGCUCCCAUUGUGCUAUUGUAGAGGGAGUUUGAGCAGCCAGACCCAUCGCUGAUUAUAUAUUCCCAGAAAGGAUGGUGGACCACUAUUUGCUGGAAUUUUACGGAAUGGGGGAGGUGCUGGGAGGGUCUCAUUGAAACCUGCACUGAACAAUAGUAUUUUUUGAAAGUGUUGCUUCCUCUGACAUUUUCUAUGAUUAUACUGAACCGCUUGCAGGUGAACUCAAAUAUAAUUUCAGACCACUUGUAUCACAUAGGAAUUUGGAGAAACAGGGAAUUAACUUUAUUGAAUGAUGACAUCUGUUAGUCUCACGAGACCAUGGAUCGGUGCCUUGAAAGUCUUUCUCUCUCCAGGGUGCAGGUCUGGGCAGGGUUGUAUGCAAGACCAGCAGUUGCCCAAGCAGCAAGUCUCCCCUCUCCAUGCCACCGAUGACGUCCAAGGGAAAGGCAAGGGCCGAUACAGCUUAGGGACUCCAGCUCCAGAUUUGUCCUCAGGGUUUACUCCCGAAGCCUUUCCCAUAAGUGGGUAUGGCUGCAAGGCAGUGGAGGUUUGAAGUCAGAGAUUUCCCUCAUUUAACUGUCAUUCAUACUUUGGGGCACUCCUGUUUUUGUUGAUGUUUGUGAAGAAAAAGAAUUUCAGGAUGUAUUUUGUAAACAUCUCUCUGACAUUAAGUGUACCGAUUGAUAUUCAAACUCGCUCCCUCACUUUAGGACUCGAUCACACUCCAGCACUCCCUCACUCAAUUCUUCCAUUCUGAGGCUGUGUCCUCUGGUCCUAGACUCCUUCACUGUAAGUGACAUCCUCUCCACCAACCUUAACACUUACAAUCUUUGAUAAAACGAGACAGGAAAGAUCCUGCUUCCUGAAUAUUUACGGGUGAAUCAUGGAUUUUGGGCUGCUGAUCAUGAAAAUCACCAUUAAAAUGUUCCGAUCACACACCAUUUUAAGAAAUCACCUAUAUAUUGUUAUUUCGAUUCAUAAUUCAAAUCAGCACAACUGAUGCCAAGAGGCAUUUGUUGUUGGUCCACAAAUCAAACAGGUCGUCAGUCUCAGGCCAUUCGAAGAACUUCCAGUGGGACCGGAGAAAAUCCAACAUUCAAGGCUGUUGUUGGAAGUUUCCUUGGCAACCACAGAACACAAACUACCUUCAACUGGCCGACAACGUGCUUCAAGAGUACAAAACCGUGGAGUGCAACGUCACUAAAGAUACAUUUCCUGCUUUCCCAUUUAGACUUCUUCCCGGCCGAUCUUGUCACUGUCAGUGACGAGCACGGUGAAAGGUUUCACCAGGACAUUGUGGUAUCAGGGCAACGGGAAUCCAUCAAUGCUGGCUGAUUGUUGUUGGAAACUUCAGCGAGAAGCCUCAGACACGGAACACAAACGAAAAUCAUCAACAAAACAUUUUUAGCUUAUUUAGUUGAUCAGUGCCGUUAUACAAUUAAACAUGAAAGUGGUUCUGAGGUUGUCAAGCCGAGGAGUGGUAGUGGGGACAAGCUCCCUUGGCAGCUUGGUAACAUUGCAGGAGUUUCCAGAGCAAGGAUGAAGGCAACCCCAAAGCCCCCCCAGCUCCCCCUCCCAUGCAUAAACAGCAGGCUCACUCUCUCUCUCUCUCCCUGAUAAGGGAAAAAAAGGUGUCCCCGUUUUACAGCGACAGGGGAGAUGUAACAAACAAUUCACUGAUUCAUGGUGUUAAAAUUGAGCUGCAAACAUCCUCUGAGGUCGGGAGAGUGGAACUGCCCCAGUAAAAGGGCUUUUCCUCUUUAAAAACUCUCUGGCACAGGCUUCCUGUCAUUGUCCGACACGGUGGACAUUCCAGCAAAUGGUUCAUUUCGCAGCUUGCCACAGCAGACAGCCGGCCGCUCUCGUGAUGUUUGGUUGAUGCUGAGUGUCAGCUCAAUCAGGUGAGAGUGGGCAGUCGCGCAGAACGUGU